GCGGGGGUGGCUCGUCCCGGCGCUGCUGCUGGCGGGGGCCGCGGUGGCGGGCGGCGUGUUGACCAAGCGGACGCUGGACAAGCGGAAUAGUGGGGAUGUCAAAGAUGCCAAGGAGGUGGUUGCUACGCCGGCCCCCAAGAAAAGGUGGUGA